AUGGAACUAUCAUUAUUAAUACCAAAUAAUAAAAUUGAAAAAUUAAUUAAAGAAUGGUUAGAAGAAGAUAUACCAUCAUUUGACUAUGGCGGUGUUAUUGUUGGAAGCGAUAUAAAGACUGCACAUUUAUUAGGUAAGCAAACUGGUGUAUUCUCAGGCAAGGUCUUCUUUGAUGAAAUAUUUAGACAAUUAGGAUGUAGUGUUAAAUGGUUCAUUAAAGAUGGUGAACCAUUUACUAUGGCCGAUGGUAAACCACAAUUGUUAGCAAUUGUUGAAGGUCCAUGUAGAAAUAUAUUAAUAGGUGAACGUUUGUCAUUGAACAUAUUAUCAAGAUCGUGUGCUGUAACCACCCAAGCAAGCGCUAUAAAAAAAUUAGUAGAUAAUGUUGAUUGGAAAGGUAAAGUUGCAGGUACUAGAAAGACAACUCCAGGAUUUAGAUUAGUAGAGAAAUUAGCAUUACUAGUAGCAGGUUUAGAUACACAUAGAAUGGACUUAUCCAGUAUGAUUAUGUUAAAAGAUAAUCAUAUUUGGGCAUGCGGUAACAUUACACAAGCUGUUAAGAAUGCACAUUCCGUUGGUGGGUUCUCUUUAAAAAUCGAAGUUGAAUGUAGAAAUCAAGAUGAAGCCAUCGAAGCCAUCGAAGCAGGUGCCGAUAUUGUAAUGCUAGAUAACUUUAACCCACAAAAUUUAAAUACAGUUAGCACAUACUUAAAACAACACUAUCCACAUAUUAAAAUUGAAGCCAGUGGAGGUAUUACAGUACAAACCAUUCAACAAUAUGCAAUCAGCACUAUUGAUAUCAUUUCAAUGGGUAAUUUAACUCAAGGCGUACCACACAUCGAUAUCAGUUUAAAGAUUCAAAAAAAUAAACAAUAAAUAAAAGAAUAUUUCUUUAAAGCUAU